UGCACUCCUCAUCAAUCUGGAUUUUGUAAAUGACAAAUUGAAGAGCGACCAGCCCAGCAAAAAAUACCACGGAAAAAAAAGCAGCAUUCCUCCCUCUCCAUAUGCCUUCCAAAAAAGCACCCAAGGCCGCAAAGCUCCAGCUUAAUCAGUACACACGUUUUUUCGAUGCCAAGAAGUCACUGCCGCCCGACAAGAGUAUCCUGAAUGAUACGAAGCCACCCGGUCUCUACCAUCAGGAGAGCGUCUAUGUACUGUCGACGAAAAAGAACAAACGACGACCUGGAAGGGACAACAAUCCGCCCACAUGGCGUCGCACUCGGGGCGGUGGCGGCAAUGAUACCGACCACUUCAUGGUCGUUACCCAGGAUUACACCCAGCAUCAGAAGGAGAAGCAGUCCCUGACCGCCUCGCAGCUAGAUGCCAUUUGCUAUGAUGUCAUGAAGGAGCCGCCCCCACCGGUCCAUCUGGAGGGCACCGACAUAGUGCCCAGUAUCCGGGGUCUGCGCCUGAGCAUAUGCGUGGAGAACACUAGGUUUCAGUUGGUCGCCAAGGUAACCCGUAACAUGGGAUUCCAGCACGUGCCCGAACACCGACUCUGGAACAUCCAAUGGUCGGACUCUACACCGCAUCACGAUCUGUUGCGCAGCAUGAAGCGCUUCCAGCAAAUCAAUCACUUCCCCGGCAUGGUGGAGAUCUGCCGCAAGGAUCUGCUUUCCCGUAAUCUGAAUCGUAUGCUUAAGCUCUUUCCGGGAGACUAUCGUAUAUUCCCAAAGACCUGGCUAAUGCCAACAGAUGCCUAUGAUGUGGCCAUCUAUGCCAGUAAACAUAAACGCACCUUUAUCCUGAAGCCUUACUCGGCUGGACAGGGUAGGGGCAUUUGGAUAACCACCGAUCUGAGGAGCGUUGGCAAGCGGGAGAAGCUAAUAUGCCAGACCUACAUAGAAAGACCCCUGCUUAUCGAUGGCUACAAGUUUGAUUUGCGGGUCUACACUUUGGUCACCUCAGUGGAUCCCCUCAGAAUAUUCGUCUAUAACGAGGGCCUGGCCCGGUUCGCCACCCACAAGUACGUGCCACCGACGAUGGGCAACAGCAGCAACCUGUUCAUGCACCUGACCAACUACUGUCUGAAUCGCCGUAACUCGCAGUACAUAAUGGGUAGCACCCCGGAAGUCGGCUCCAAGCGGAAGCUGAGCGCCUUCAACAAAUGGCUAGUGGAGCACAACUACGAUGUGGCCGAGUUCUGGGCGAGUGUGGACGAUGCCAUCAUCAAGACGGUGAUCAGUGCUUGGCCGGUGCUGAAGCACAAUUACAAUGUCUGCUUUCCCAAGCACGAUAAAAUCCAGGCCAGCUUCCAGUUGCUCGGCUUCGACAUCCUGGUCGACUGGAAGCUAAAGCCCUACAUUUUGGAGGUGAAUCACACGCCCAGCCUGAGUGCCGACGAGUCAGUGGACAUGGAGGUGAAGAGGCCCCUCAUCCGGGAUACAUUGAAUCUACUGAGCACUGCGCUGGUGGACAAGGAGCAGAUCAUACGCGACGAUCGGAUCGAACACCGGGCGAGGCUAUUGAGGAACAUCUAUCGGAAGAAAAUGGGCGUUAAUGUCCAGACGAAUGGAAACUCUUCGCCGUCGAGGGAGGCCGGUGGCAGUGAAGUGCGCCAGACCUGUUCCAUCGGGGCACUCACCCAGCAGAUCGCCUGGGAGGAGAGCCACCUGGGUAACUAUCGGCGCAUCAUGCCGCCGCGCGACUCCGAGAAGGUCAACUACUAUUGCAAGUUCUACGAGCAGAACAAGCAGCCGAUGUUCGCCAACACGGUGUCCAGUCGUCGGCGCGAGGAGCUCAACCACCAGGUCAUGCACCGCCACCAGCGCGAACAGCAGCUGCGGAUGGAACAGCAACAGGCCCAGAAGCGUGCCCGGUGGCCGGGCGAGCAGUUGGAGGUCGUCCCCAUGAAUCCCGUCAUCCAGCAGAUAAAACGACGCCGCGAAGAGGUGGAGGCCCAGGCCAAGAAGCAUCGGGCCAUCAUCGCCCGCGAAAUCCAGCGUCAGAAGGAGCAGCUCCUGGCCCCCACCUGUGCCAAGGAACGGCUCGGCAUCUGGCAGAGUCUGCGACGCGAGAAGCUGCGAAGGAAGUACUCGCCGAAGCGAAGCACCAGCCUGGCGAAAGGAAGCCAUCGGCGGCAUAAACAUCGACAUGUCAGCCAGAGGGUAAGGCAACAGCGGAUGCUCGAGAUAGAGGCCCAGAAGGAUGCCAAGUUUUUGGAGGAGCACUCCAAGAAGACGCGACUGGAGGGCGGGGUAAUCACCGUCGAUCCCACACCCAGCAAGACGAGUGUCAAAGUCCAAAGGAGCGGCAGCGGCAAAGGCAAGUCAAAGGCCAAAGGAUCAAGGAAGAAACGAAAGGCCAAGUCAACUAACCUCAGCCUGGAGGCCAAGUCCAAGGAGCAGAUAGAGCCUUCCAGACUUCCAUCCACGCACUGGACAGCUGGGACUAUAACCGAAACAGAAACCGCACAGCAUCAGAACUGGCGACGGGAGCGGGCCAGCCAACUCGAAGACACCCAUCUCCGGGAACUGAUAUUUUCAAAAAUGUACGAAAAUGGACAUUUGACGAAAAAUGAUAUCAAGUGCUUCCCCGAUCUCCUAUACAGCAUUCUAAGUAACGAUGGCAGUUGCUACUCCGGGCAGUCCUAGUGGCAUCUACUCCUGUGGAUCCAGUGGACUACUAUACUCCUUGUUAUUGUCUAAAUGGCUUAGCCAAGAAGGUUCGUUUGAAAUAAAAAACAGCCAAGUAUUCGUUUCUAUUCAAA